GAGAAGUAAGAUGACAAGAACAUCAGAAAGUAAUGUAAGAAGACAAUUAGCGGUCUAAAACAUGGAUAUAAAUUAACUACUCUUUUGGUGUUCAUCUUCUCUAUCAUCAAAUUAACUACUCUUUCCCUGACAUACAAGAAUAGUCGAAAAUAAAUUAGAAACAAAUUAUUUCAUCUUCUCUGCCGGACGAUUCCUUCUAAUCUCAAUAUUUAUUUCAUCUUAUCCCUCAAAAUAUUUUCUGGGUUUUUUGAGGUUCAUACCAAUACCAUCGUUUACAAUCAUAAUUCAUAAUAUUGUAUGACCAUAAUAAGGCGGUGGGCUUCAUCACACGCUAAAAUUUUCAUGGCGGAGGAAUUCCGGACGGCUGCUGCUGCUACUACCGCCGCUACUACUGCUUCUGAAACCUCAUCGUCUUCUGCUCAUAAAAGGUGGACGUGGCCUUCUCUCCUCCGUUGGAUUCCUACCUCAACCGAUCACAUCAUUGCCUCUGAAAAACGACUCCUUUCUUUAGUCAAGACUCCUUAUGUGGUCGAGCAAGUGAAUAUCGGUGCAGGUCCACUUGGCUCAAAGAUUAGGUGGUUUCGAUCGACAAGUGAUGAACCGAGGUUUAUAAAUACAGUUAACUUUGAAAACAAAGAUGAAAACUCUCCUACAAUUGUUAUGGUUCAUGGGUAUGGUGCUUCUCAAGGCUUCUUCUUUCGGAAUUUUGAUGCCUUGGCUCGUCGCUUUAAGGUUAUUGCUAUAGAUCAACUUGGUUGGGGUGGAUCAAGCAGACCUGACUUUACAUGCAAAAGCACUGAAGAAACUGAAGCAUGGUUUAUUGACUCUUUUGAGGCAUGGCGGAAAGCCCAGAAUCUUAACAGCUUCAUACUUCUUGGGCAUUCUUUUGGGGGUUAUGUUGCAUCUAAAUAUGCGUUGAAGCAUCCUGAGCAUGUUCAGCACUUGAUUUUGGUUGGACCAGCGGGAUUUUCUGCAGAUACAGAAAUGUCAGAACGUAUGAUGGAGUUUAGGUCAACAUGGAAAGGAGCUGUCUUGAACCAUCUUUGGGAAUCCAACUUUACCCCUCAAAAACUUGUGAGAGGGUUAGGUCCAUGGGGGCCAAAUAUAGUCCGCAAGUAUACGAGUGCUAGGUUUGGUUCAUAUGCAACUGGUGAACUGUUGAACGAAGAAGAAUCAAAAUUGUUGACAGAUUACAUAUACCACACACUUGCAGCCAAAGGAAGUGGAGAGCUUUGCUUAAAAUACAUAUUCUCGUUUGGAGCAUUUGCUCGGAAACCGCUUCUACACAGUGCAUCUGAAUGGAAAGUGCCAACCACUUUUAUUUAUGGUUAUCACGAUUGGAUGAGCUACCAAGGUGCACAAGAAGCCCGUAAGCAUAUGAAAGUCCCAUGUGAAAUCAUUAGGGUUCCUCAGGGUGGGCAUUUUGUAUUUAUAGACAACCCAAGUGGGUUCCAUUCAGCUGUUUUUCACGCUUGCCGCAGAUUUCUUUCCCCUGAUCCUGAUAAUGAAUCUCUUCCGGAAGGCCUAACUUCUGCUUAAUUCAAACUGUAUGCUACAACUUAAUCUCUAUUGUGUAUUCACUUGAAUGUAAAUUCUUUUCGGCAGAGUUAUAGUACAUUCUUUCACUUGUUGCUUCCUUUCAUUUCUAUGUCACCGGGAGCAGUUUCUCGUGUAUAUGUGAUGUAAAGUAUCAUCAAUCAUUGAGUAGAUUAUCAUUGAAGCAGAGGGCACGGUCCUUACUCUCUCCUGUAUCUUUCCCUUGUAAGAAUGACAUGCAUCAAAAAUGUCUCUCCCCUUCAAUUUUCCA